UCAAAGUGUUGUCGACAUGGCCAUCCCACUGAUAUUAACCUAGAAACUUUAUGGGAAGCAAAUUUAGAAAAUCUAGCUACAAAGACGCCCUCUCUGCUUUCAUUUGUAAACGAAUCGAACGAUAUGAUGAAGGACGUCUUUUUAGGAGACGAGAAUAGGUGUUUUAUUUGUCUUGAAAAUUACAAUGAUCAUCAAAAUCAACCAAUUAUAAUGCCCUGUGGUCAUAUCGUGUGCAACACGUGCCUCAUUCAGUUAGCAAAGACAUUCCAAUACGAAGAAUUAAAAUGUCCUCUAGAUAAUAAAAUACAUAAGGUUAAAAGAAGCGAGAGGAGAGGACAUCAAGUCCAAGCCAGUAUCCUUUCUCAAAGAAGUUCAGCGGUUCGAGAAGCAAUUCCGGUUGAAGAAGUGGCCAAUUUCAUGUCUAUGGGUUCAUCUUCAAGCUUUAACGGAGAAGCCGUGCCCCCUUCCAGACAAAACGUGACAGAUGAAAGAGGGAUAUUUGUCACUGACGUGCCUCCGACUCAACUUGUGACAGCUGAUGUCCACGAUGACAAUGGGUUAAAUGUAUACUCUAUAAAUCAAUUAUUUCCCAAUAUGCCUUUAUCAACCUCAAGAGUUUUUGCUCAUGAUGCUGCUAAAAAUCAACACAGCAGAAAUAGCCAUUUCAUGCCAGGAAUCCCAAAACAUUCUUCAUCCGGAAAUAUUCGUGUAAAUAUAAGCAAUCAGAAUCAUGCAAUUAAUGUUUUAAAUUCCUCUAUGUGUUACAAUGAUGAUUGGAUACUAGAGCCUGAGCCAGACUAUCCUAGUGAUUCAAGUGAAAAUGAAAAUAUGUCCCAUGGGUGCUAGAGUAAAAUUAAUGUUUUUUUGUACAAACAUGAGAGUCUAAAGCUUAGUACAGACGUAUGCACGUAAGCGUAAAAAGGCAUAUAAGACAUAAAUAUUAUACAAAGAAGUUUUAAAUCGAUUUUUCUUUAAAAAAUAGUAUCCGUGACAUGUAAUAUGCU